AGCAUACAUUUGAUGGUUUUCCUAUGCCACUGAAUAUAUCUGGCCAAUGCAAAAGCUCUGCUGACAAGUUGUAUCUUUCUCAGGUGAGGGCAAAGCUCUCUACUUUCAGUGGAUUUGGAGGGCCUCAAGAGGUUACCUGUGGCGGCAAUGCUCUAAAGUUUUAUGCUUCAGUGCGUCUAAAUAUAAAAAGAGUCGGGAGCAUUCUUAAAGGAGAAGAGACAAUAGGAAGCCAAGUUUCUGUGAAAAUUGUGAAGAACAAGCUUGCCCCUCCAUUUAGAACGGCAGAAUUCGAACUUGUGUUUGGUAAAGGAAUAUGUAGGGAAUCGGAGCUCAUAUCAUUAGGCGUGAAUCACAAGUUCAUUUCAAAGAUGGGGAAUGCAUAUUAUGGCAUGAACGGCCAGACCUUUCUUGGCAAAGAAGCUCUCAAGCAGCAUCUAGCCGAUGACAUUACUGCAAGAGAAGAUCUUAUUAUGAAAUUAAGGGAAAAGCUCAUUCAUGAUGGGGCCAAUAAAGACGCGGCUACUGCGGAGAGAACUGUGAAUGGUAACCACAUUGAAGAGGUUGUUUCAAGUGACUCUACUGAUGAUGAAACUGCUGCUGCGGCAUGAAAGCUGGGGAAGAAUUCAGACAUCUUUCCUCGGAUUUCAUCUGAAAUUGUACGUUUAUAGCAAAGUACCUAACUCAUGGUCUUCUAGGCUAGACCUGAUCGGCGUAUACAUAUUGCUCUCUAACCAAAGUAGCUUAAUUGAUCAAAACUUUUCAGGUUCAUGAGGGUGUAGUAGGGGCAGGUCCCAUCUUCAAUUUUUGUUACAUGAUCUAAACUGCUAAUAUAUAUGCUCUCUUAUU